ACCCCUGUUAACGCUAAUGUUCCCUGGCGAAUGUUUGCGGAAGUGGAAGCUUGAACAAAUAACAGUUCAAUUAAUAAUCUCUGUUGUAUGCGAGAUACGCUCAACUUUUUCAAUGAUCUCGUUAUUUGCGUCGUUGGUUUACAAUGAAUGUGUCAAAAAUCAAGGGAUUCAGCAACACACAUUGACGAGUAUUUAGUUAUUUGUUCUGCCCUCCCCUCCCAAAACAACUGGAAACGCGUGAGCUGUCCUACUACGUCGUCGUCAGCUGAGACAGGCGACAUGGCGACUUCAGCGGGCUUCAAGGUUCUAUAUGAGCAUGAUGGAGUUUUUAUACACACCAACCCAGAAAGGAGUGAGGAGCAGGAUUCUCUGACUUCGGGAUCCCUGCGUGUCCUGGACCAGGAUGGAGACAUAGUGCUGGAAUAUAAACCCGUGGAAGAUGUUGACCACUCUGCCAUGCUGUGUGCUGCCAAGGAGUCUAGCUCUGUGUUUGAAUGGGGCCAGCGGCACCAGGGUCCGAGCCAAGACCCAGGAGACAAGCCUACCAGGCAGGUGGAGCACCAUCUGGGCUAUGAGACAGAAUGGAACAUGGUUCACACUGUUCAGUUCAGGAAGAAACCCAGCAACAAUGAAGGUGCUCCUCCUCAACCUGCUCCCAUCCCAGAGAAGAGUAAGGGUUCCCGGCUGUUCUUCCGUCUCAGUGACCUGGUCUCGGUCAGGGUGAAGGAGGAGGGCUGGUCCUACCUGGUGUUCACCCUCAGAGACUGCAACAUGGGGGUUGAGCUGCCUGCCCUACACUUUCACCAGGGAGGUAGUGAAGUCUUCCUGGAUUGUCUCAGGAAAUACCUGCUGCUGACAGAGUCUACCACAGAUGCCUCCCUCCUCCAGGUCAGCCCCCACAGCAGAGCUCUGUCCCAGUCCUUUGAGAACCUGCUAGAUGAUGCCACCUUCGGACUUAUUACGAAGUUUUCUCAGGACCCAGUCACCACUACGCUGGGUGGUUUCUCCAAGGUGACCAACUACCUGUUUGAUGCGUUCCGGGGUCCAGACACGGUGCUACUGAAGGAGAGGCCUGUCGGGGAGGUGGCUGACCUGCUGAAUGAGGCCAUACCUGGACUGGACAUCAACCAGCUGGAGGAACCAGGCUUUGAGGUUAUCACCAGGAUUGAUCUUGGCGUGCUGCCAGAGGUCCGGCGUAGGGAGCCUGUUGGGGCGGAGGAGUGGAACACCAACAUGGACCCUGAGGGACGCAUGAGGAACAUCUCACACCUCAAACAGACCAUAUUCAAAGGGGGUCUGUGUCAUGUAUUGAGGAAGGAGGGAUGGAAGUUUCUGCUGGGCUACUUCCCAUGGGAGAGCACCCUGGAGGAGAGGAGGAGUCUGACCAGGAGGAAAACGGAUGAGUACUUCCGUAUGAAGCUCCAGUGGAAGUCAGUGAGUGAGGAGCAGGAGAAACGCAACAGCAUGUUUAGAGACCACAGGAGUCUAAUAGAGAAAGACGUGAACAGGACAGAUCGGACCAACACUUUCUAUGAAGGACAAGACAACCCAGGACUGAUUCUGCUGCACGAUGUCCUCAUGACCUACUGCAUGUAUGACUUUGACCUGGGCUAUGUCCAGGGUAUGAGUGACCUGCUGUCUCCAAUCCUCUAUGUGAUGGAGGACGAGGUGGACGCCUUCUGGUGCUUUGUCUCCUUCAUGGACCAGAUGCACCAGAACUUUGAGGAGCAGAUGCAGGGAAUGAAGACUCAACUGAUCCAGCUCAGCACACUGCUACGACUACUGGACCUGUCCUUCUGGAACUACCUGGUGGCCCAGGACUCUGGUCACCUGUACUUCUGCUUCCGCUGGCUCCUGAUUCGCUUCAAGAGAGAACUGAGUUUCCCUGAUGUCCUGCGUCUUUGGGAGGUAAUGUGGACCGGGCUGCCGUGCCAGAACUUCCACCUGCUGGUGUGCUGUGCCAUCCUGGACUCAGAGAAACACCAGAUUAUGGAGAAACAAUACGGCUUCAAUGAGAUCCUCAAGCUCAUAAAUGAACUGCCGAUGAAACUGGACAUCGUGGCCAUCCUCAACAAAGCUGAAGCUAUAUGCCUGCAGCUGAAGAGUUGUAAGGAUUUGCCCAACUCCGUGGUUGAGAUGCUUGGAUUCAUCGACGGCACAGACACGGCGUCAUCAUCCCAGUCAGAGGACACUGAGAGAACGGACAGACCAGACUCUCCCGAACCUUCUACACCGCCAGACGACCAGCAGGACUUAGUCUCUGAGGACGACCCCCAGCGGCAACAACGGGACACUCACGGGACGCAGCGCGUGACGUUUACAUAUCGUAGCCAGCCUGGCUGACAGCGGUCGCUCGUCCAGUGAGAGAUUUGGUUCUGGU